AUGAGUGGUUCUUACUGUUCCAACUUCAAGUUUCCCCCUUCCGGAGGCAUGCGGUCUUCAGAAUAUUCCUCUGCUGAUACUGCUUCACCACAUGUGACCGAGGGCUCUGAUUACUUUGCCUUGCAACCUCCGCUUCAUCUGGGGCCUGCGUCCACAUUUCUUUCGCCGAAAAAACCAUCUCAGCUUCGCGUUGGCGCCAAUUCUGUCAGCUCUGUCAACUCAGACGCAACGUUUGUAGAAGGUCCGCUACCUUCUCACUCCUCGCAUUUCCUUUCGACUGACACUCUAGUCGAAGAUGUUGGAGCAACUGAGUCGCCGAAACCUAUGCGUAAACUUUCCUCCUCGAAGCCCAUGCUCUCCAACCGCACCGCCUCCUCAUUUAGUCUAGGUUCACUCAAGUCAACGGAACCUUUAAAGACAGAGGAUCCAUUGGCUCGUGCGCCACAUUCGGCUUUGGAUGCUCAUUUCCCAUUCAACCGAAAACCAGUCCCCACUGAGACUUCAAAAAUGCAAUUACCACAGUUGAAAAAGCAAAGCACGCUACCCACAUUAAUGUCAACUCCACUGUCAUCAUAUAUUGAAAACAUCAAAAUAGAACAAGCGAAAAGGUCCUUUUACCAGCCCGUGGCUGAAGAUAUGCGGGACUCUAUUCGCUCUCUUGCGACAACGAUCUCAUACAGACGUGCUGCUGAAAUGGCAAAUGUCAUUACACAAGCAUCUGUCAGCCCGCUCACACAUUUGCCUGAUAUUUUGGUCAUAGAUAUUAGGCCUUUUGCCGACUAUGCUAGAGGACAUAUCAAGGGCUCUUUAAAUGUGUGUUUGCCACUGACAUUGUUGAAGCGGUCGAAUUUCAACUUGCAACGGUGCAUCAACUCAUUACCCACAUAUGAAAAGCUCAUUUUUCAAAAUUACUUGCAUUGCAACGAAGUAAAUCAUUCACAAAACAUUACGUUCGAUGAACCAACGAAGGGCCGCCAUGGACUUCCACCAAUUUUUGUUUAUGACAAUUCAAACGUGUCUUCCAAUAUCUAUCACAUGUGCAAAAAAUUGAUCGAUUGCUCCUGCUGGGAAGCGACGUCGGCACCACCAAUCUACCUUAUGGAUGAAUCAUUUGAUUUCUUUUCGAAGGAGUAUCCUAAUUUGAUUUCAUGUGGCAAGGAGGAGAUGAUUGAUAUUUCUACUUUGUCGAUCAAUUCUCUACAGAGUCCGGCCGUGCCUGGCAAUUUCUCCAAUCUCAACCAAAUUGAUACCUCGAGGAUAGAGAAGAUUCAAAUGCCACCUCAAGGUCGAUCCAAAUCCGUUUCCGCUCUCAAUAGUGCAUCUACUCCUAAUGUGUGUAAUUUUGUGCUUCCACACAACUUGCCACAAAAAAAAUUCAACAUUAGACACAAUGAGGAAGUUUUUGACAAUAUUUCUGAGCAUUCAUCAGUUGAGAAUUUGCUUUCUGUGUCACGUGUGGCUGAUGAAGAACUUGCCCGUUUGCCUCCAUGGCUCACGGAUGCAGUAACCAACGAUAAUCGUGUUCGAGCUGAUUUCAACAAACUUGAGAAAAGUGAAAAGUUGAGGCUUAAUAGCGUUUUGACCUUAGGAGCACUGGACAGUUUUUUAACCCCAGAUGGAACUCACGAAUCCCGACCGGAGAUCAGCUGUGGUCUUGACUAUGGUCACAAGAAUAGAUACAAAGAUAUUUUUUUGUUCAAUCACUCGAGAGUUCACCUUAGAUCGUUUGAGUACGAUAAUGCAACGCAGCUGGACUGCGAUUACAUUAAUGCAUCGUACUUAAAACCAUUACCCAACAUUGCUUCAUUCAUCUCCUCGGGGAAGCAUAUGGGGGAACUGGAGUUGGAGGAUAUGCAGUUUAUUGCUACUCAGGGCCCUUUAAAUGAAACAAUCGGUGAUUUUUGGAAGUGCAUUGUCGAUCAAAAAUGUCUCCUUAUCGUAUCCCUUACUAAGGAGUUUGAAAACGGAAUUCAAAAAUGUUCAAAAUACUGGGUACCAGGAAAGUAUUAUUCUGGUCGCGAUGCAUUAGUCGUGGAGGCAGUAAAGCAGGAGCUGUGUGGUAACUUUUCAGUGCGUUCCUUUGAAGUUUCCAUUAAUGGUAAAGCCAAACAUAACGUAUUGCAGAUUCAUUUGGACAAGUGGGAGGAUAUGAGUGCUCAUGUUGAUGUCAAGGAUCUCCUUUCUAUUGUUUCUUUGAAGCAACAUGUCAUGUCACAUGCGUCCCUAAAAUCAGAAUUCCCCACACUCACUCAUUGCUCGGCAGGGUGUGGCCGAACAGGCGUUUUUUGCGCUGUGGAUUCGUUAAUCUCCCUUUUGGAAUUCAACGAUAACAAUUGUGAUCUUCCUCGCGAUCCAGUGUAUGAAGUUGUCAACAAUCUUCGUCAGCAGAGAAUACUGAUGGUGCAGACAAUGCGCCAAUACUGUUUGAUUUACGAUGCUCUUGUCCACUAUGUUAUUCACGGUAAGGAUAAUCCGGAUCUCUGUAAACUUGGUAUAGUUACGGAAUUUUUAGAAAAAGUUUAA